ACGUGCCCCUCCUCCAGCGUCCUCCGCCCUCCCGCCCCCCCUCUUGCGCACUGUACAUUCAUAUCAUUUUUCUUCUCUGGCCCCAUGGAGGAAGUGAGAAAGUUGGCACAGUCACCCAGGGCUUCGCAGGACCAGGUCACUCAGUGACAGAUGGACAAUGCAAGAAUGAACUCCUUCCUGGAAUACCCCAUCCUUAACAGUGGCGACUCGGGGACCUGCUCAGCCCGAGCCUACCCUUCGGACCAUGGGAUUACAACUUUCCAGUCGUGCGCGGUCAGUGCCAACAGCUGCGGCGGCGACGACCGCUUCCUAGUGGGCAGGGGGGCGCAGAUCGGUUCGCCCCACCACCACCACCACCACCAUCACCACCCCCAGCCGGCUACCUACCAGACUUCCGGGAACCUGGGGGUGUCCUACUCCCACUCGAGUUGUGGUCCAAGCUAUGGCUCACAGAACUUCAGUGCGCCUUACAGCCCCUACGCGUUAAAUCAGGAAGCAGACGUAAGUGGUGGGUACCCCCAGUGCGCUCCCGCUGUUUACUCUGGAAAUCUCUCAUCUCCCAUGGUCCAGCAUCACCACCACCACCAGGGUUAUGCUGGGGGCGCGGUGGGCUCGCCUCAAUACAUUCACCACUCAUAUGGACAGGAGCACCAGAGCCUGGCCCUGGCUACGUAUAAUAACUCCUUGUCCCCUCUCCACGCCAGCCACCAAGAAGCCUGUCGCUCCCCUGCAUCGGACACAUCUUCUCCAGCGCAGACUUUUGACUGGAUGAAAGUCAAAAGAAACCCUCCCAAAACAGGGAAAGUUGGAGAGUACGGCUACCUGGGUCAACCCAACGCGGUGCGCACCAACUUCACUACCAAGCAGCUCACGGAACUGGAGAAGGAGUUCCACUUCAACAAGUACCUGACGCGCGCCCGCAGGGUGGAGAUCGCUGCAUCCCUGCAGCUCAACGAGACCCAAGUGAAGAUCUGGUUCCAGAACCGCCGAAUGAAGCAAAAGAAACGUGAGAAAGAGGGUCUCUUGCCCAUCUCUCCGGCCACCCCGCCAGGAAACGACGAGAAGGCCGAGGAAUCCUCAGAGAAGUCCAGCUCUUCGCCCUGCGUUCCUUCCCCGGGGUCUUCUACCUCAGACACUCUGACUACCUCCCACUGAGGCGGCUCCAGCUCCACACAACAGCCCAGGCAUCUCCUUGGGCUGGGACUUCUUACCUAAAGCACAUGCUUAGCUUAUCUUUCUUUCCAUUUACAGUCUCUUUCUUCCUUUCUGAUCCUAUCUGGGGAGCUCCUGGCCAGGAUAAUAUGUUUGCAGAUAAUUCUGGACCAGAGACUUGGUGCCAGGUUAACACCUUAAUCCAGAUUGGGUGCCAGCAUACAUUUUCUGGUGGGCCUUAACAUCCCUCCUGCUUUUAGGAGAAUUCACAGAACCUACUGUUCGUUUCAGAUGACCUUUUGGAAAAUAGUUCCCUUUGCCAACAGAAACAUGCCAGAAGGAAUCUUCUCAUCUUUUAUCUAACUAUAUGUACAGCUCUCCCUUCCCUUGUCCUUGAAAGUAGGAUAUAGUGAAAGGAGAGUCCAGGAGCUCAGGAAGAAGAGAUGCACUAUAUGUUUACACAAUUAAUUCAUCCCUUAAUUUAAGUCAUUUUCAUGUGUGUGAGUUUGCUGGUUGUAAAUAUUUUGUCCUGAGAGAUUUAUCUUUAUAAAGAUUUUCUAGAAAUGUUUAGGUUACUAAAACAGGGUGGGCAAACUCUCAAAACUGGUACAAUUUUAUAGGUGAAAGAACAAAUUCCCUCAUUUAAACCCAAUCAGAUGCCUCAGAGGGUAGCCUUGAUUUGUUCUUACAGUUAAGAAGCCCUGCAGAGCACAAAGUUCAGAAACCUGGCUUCCUGUGCUAAGUCUUUCCCAAUCCCUACCCCUUUCUUCUUGGGCCACCCUCUGUUUAAAAUUUGUGCUGGGUUAUUCAGAACCUAAAAGUAUUAUUCAAACCAACUUCUUCCUUCCACAGUUAUCUUAGCUGGAUAUAAUGUAUUUUCAGCUCAGUUGUUAAUGUGAUGGAUGGCACAAUGAAUGUAUAUUUUGUGUGAUUCGUGAAUAGUCUUUUGCAUGUUGCACAAUGUUUGAUGUCCCCGAAGUACCACACUGAGUUCUAUCGGUUAUCCUUUGUGAGCCUAUGAUAUUCCCCAUUUCCUGUACAAUCAUGAACAGCUCUGAGAUCCUGGAGUGAUAUGAUUCAGAGCAGAGUUUACGGGUCUUAGGAUGUCUGUAAUAAAUAAAUAUACUCAAGUUUCA